AUGAAUAGUUUGUUGAAGCUUCCAGACGUCAUGAUCCUUCACAGAUACAGUAAAAGAAAUAAUAAGAAAUUCGAAGAAAUUAUUCCUCAGCUGAUCGUUCAGAACCAACCGUUGGCAAAUAGAUUUUAUGAUGUUGAUAAUAAACCCAAGAAAGAAACAUUAUCAGUUUCGGAAAGGAGAAUGAAGAAAACUGAAAUGUUAACUUUAGAGACGUGUGUUACAGAAGUCAGUGAUAUGUUAAACUGCAGUAGUGAAAUACUCAGAGUUAGUAAGACUCAAGACGUGUUUGAUGUAGGCGAGUUCAGGACACCUUGUACCUUAAUUUUCAUGGGACAUUUAAACAAGUUUCCUCAUGACACCUAUAAAUAA